AACUUCUUCAGAGGAAAACGACACAACUCUAGUGGAUAUAUAAAUAAUUGUUGUAUUUUUUUUUCGCGGCAAAACUUGCAAACAAUUUUUUUAGUAAAGCCAAGAACUUUCGUGAAAAUUAACAAUGGUUAAGCUUGGAAAAAAGAAAUUAGCUGAGCUUUCCGAGUUAAGCAAAAGGAAAUCAGCCGGACAUGUUGACAGUGAUGAAAAUACGAAAAAUGGAGCUGGCAAUUCGGGCGAUGACGAGAACGAAGUCAAUAAAGAAGCCAACGAUAAGAGUGAAACUGUUUCGAAGAAGCAAAGGGCUUCUGUUGCCGCAUCCAAAGCUGUAUCCACUCACGCCGACAGCGAGUCAGAUGAAAGCGAUGACCUGCCGCUGAAUGGCAGCAAGAGCUCCAGCUCCAGUGCACCACCGCGCAAAAAGCAAAAAAAGACGCCCAAAGCCAAGGGCAAGCCGACGCCGACGUCGACGUCGUCAACGGCAACCGGAGGAGCUGGAGCAAAAAAUGAUAACAAGAAAACAUUAUCAAAGUCCAAUGAUACAGAGACCGAAGAGGAUGAUGACAAUGAGGGAACCGAAUUUGAGGUUGAGGCGAUUAUUGGCCACAAAACUAAGCGUGGCGAAUCAUUUUUCCUGGUGCGAUGGAAAGGAUACGGCAAGGAUGCCGAUAGCUGGGAGCCGGAAGCCGAAUUAAAUUGCGACGAUUUGAUUGAGGAGUAUCGCAAGGCCGGUUCAAAGAAAAAUGCCGUUACCAAAAAGAUGUCGGCAAGUGUUAAGAGCGGACGUGGUCGCAAGCCAGGCAGAAAAGUGGAGAGCGAUCCCGAGAAAGAGUGGGCUGUGGAACGCAUUAUGGACUUUGUGGAUGAUGAUGAAAAUGGUAGAUUGUAUCGCAUACGCUGGAAAGGAUUUGGCGCCAAAGAGGAUACCUGGGAGCCCGAAUCAAAUUUAUCCUGUGAGGGAUUAAUUGAGAAAUUCAAAAAGGGCCUCGUUUCACAGCGUAACGUUGAUACAAAACAUCUACGUGAAUCGCCGAAAAAAACAAAGCGUCUUGUCAACGAGACAAUUCCACGUUCUAAUUUACACAAUCGCAUUGAGCGUUCUUCGAAGCGGGCAGCUGCCAAAAAUCGUGUUUUUUAUGGCGAGGAGUGAAAAAAGGGAUAUCAAAAUCAGCAAACACAAUACACGACGACAAAUUGCAAGAUUGAUCGAUCCCCGGAUUAAUAAUUGAAACUUGAAUUACAAUUGUAAUACAUCCUUAGUUUAAGUUGAUGACCUUUGGAGGGAGUCAAUCGGUAAAGUUGGAUGUUCCUAGUUCUUAAGCCCAAUACAUCAUACAAUACAAUGCAUAAAUACGGAUAGUCCUUAAAAUGUAUACAUAGCAGGUAAUAUGUAUCUCUAUGAUUGUGUAACACUUUUAUUUUACCUAGAUAUUAAGCUAUAAAAUGAAAAUCACACUCUAACUUAGGCUUUAAGUUUAAAUCCCAUUUAAAUUAAAUUGGUUCCAUUGUACAAGUAGUAAUCUGAAAAAAUAACACAAAUCAUGUUACAAUUACUGCUACAAAAAAAGUCUAUUAACAAUAAUGUGCACAUAUUCUUUCUUUUCCAAUUUGUAUAAAUUAAGUUCAAGAAAGAAACUCUCUGUAAAUGAAGAGAGUGCCUAGCAUUAAGAAUUUCCGUGACAUGUAACAGGAAGCAAUUCAAAAACUGUGCAAGAAAUAAAUAUGCAAUGGAUAGAGAGAGGCCUCUCCAAAUCUAUAAAAAUUCAAA